AUGGCUUCUUCAUCUGGAUGGUUUCAUUCAAAUGAAUUUUCUCACAUUAAAUCAUCUAGUUUUUCAUCUUCAUCCUCAUCUUCAGAAGAGGAAGAACUUCUUUCUCUUCGUAUGGAGAAACAAUCUCAAGAAAUGAUUAAUUUUAUCCCUGGGCGUUUUAGGAUGCGCAGGGAGUUGUUUCUUCAUAUUCAGAACGAUAUUGAAAAGCAUAACAGAUACUUCAUCCGAAAGAGAGAUGGACGUGGUCGUCUUGGCUUCUCAUCUAUUCAAAAGAUAACUGCUGCACUUCGGAUUCUUGCUUAUGGAGCAUCCGCUGAUUACUGUGAUGAAUAUUUGAAGAUAGGGGAGGCCACUGCUAAUGAAACUUUAAGAGAGUUUUGUUCAUCGAUAAUCCAACUUUAUGAAGAACAGUACUUGCGGUCACCAAAUGCACAUGAUAUCCAUCGUCUCCUACAAGAAGGUGAAUCCCGAGGUUUUCCAGGUAUGCUUGGAUCUUUAGAUUGUAUGCACUGGCAAUGGAAAAAUUGUCCAACUGCUUGGCACGGCACACACAGGGGUCACCACCACAAACCAACUUUAAUUUUAGAAGCAGUUGCAUCGCAUGAUACAUGGAUCUGGCAUUCUUUUUUUGGCAUGUCGGGUGGAAAUAAUGAUAUUAAUGUCUUGGAUCAUUCUCCACUGUUUGAUAAUAUCAUACAUGGUAGAAUGCCUCCAGUUAAUUAUACGGUGAACAGUCGUUCAUAUACGAUGGGUUAUUACUUAACUGAUGGUAUUUACCCCAAAUAUGCAACUCUUAUUCAAACCAUUGCUCAUCCCACCACUGCGAAAGAAAAAUUAUUUGCGGCAAAACAAGAAUCAGUUAGAAAAGACGUGGAGCGUGCAUUUGGUGCUCUACAAAUUAAAUGGGGUAUAACGCAAGGACCCGUUCGAUAUUGGUCAAAAGAGGAUAUAUGUAAUAUAAUGAAAACAUGCAUUAUACUCCAUAAUAUGAUUAUAGAAGAUGAACGUGGAACUGACCUCGAACCAUGGGCACCACUUCCAGAAGAGAAUUUCCGCCCCCUUCAAUAUGAACGAGAUCCAUCGAUUUUGGCAGCCUAUAUCUCAGCACGUCUUAGUCGGAUCCGCAAUCGACGAACCAAUGAAGAUUUGAGAUCUGAUUUAAUGAACCAUUUGUGGAAUAUCUACGGAGAAGAAGAUGUCUGA